AACACGUAAUUUUCCACCACCACCACCAUCAAUGUCAACUACGAAACCAAACUUAUACAAUGUGGCACAAUUGCGCACAAUCGUCGACGACAACUUGUCCGACAUUCUUGGAGGCCUUGGGUACAGCGAAUCAUUUAAACUCACCGAUAUCAAAUUAGCACUUGGCGUUUUAACUGUCCUUUUGAGUGGUGGAUUAUUCCUCAUUGAAAAGAAGAUCCCGUUCAACGAAUCUUUCACCCUCACGGUGUUAAUUCUAGCUGUGUACUUUGCAAUCAGUGGGGUUUUAUUUUUCUUGACCAAUUCUAAGAGGUUCAAGAACAUCAAAUACGUGGGGUUCAAUGAUAAUAACGAACAGAUCACUAUAGUUACAAGCAGUCCCAAGUACGAACCAGUCUACAACAUAGAAUUGAGGUUUGGCGAAGAGAGGCAACAGAGCGUCAAAACUCACAUUGAAUUCAUGAAGAUUUUUGACAACUUCUCCAUGUUCCAACCGGAACUUCUCAAGCAGUUGCUUAGUAAGGAAAUAGAGAAGGUUGGAAAAAAGCGAAACUAAAUACUUCACUAAUACACGUAAUGAUCUAUGUAUUGUUCUUGUCUAUGAAUUGUCCCUGACCUUCUGGUCCAUCUGUGAAAAUCUUCUACACAACUGUAUAAUCGAGUAAGGUAGACAUUUCACCACUGGUAACAAUUUUCCAUAAAUAGGCUCACUCAACACCCCACACUGCCCGUUGUUCACUCUAUCCAUAAUGUCCUUAGCCAAUUUGAUGUGGUCCACCACAGGUGCAAAAAAAAGUCCGAGAAGGACUCACAUCGUCAAACAUUCCUCGCAGUAGCUGUCCAGGUAACACAAGCAACAUUCUGAUACUGGGGAAGUCCACCAACUCCUGAGCUAAACCUUCGUGAAUUUGGCUCAAGGCAGCUUUGGUAGACGAGUAUAUGGUCAAAUUUCGAGGUGCAAGUAUCCCCAACACCGAAGACACUGUCACUAUCGAUAGGCUGUCUUGGGGAUGUUUCAUGUGGUGUUUUAGUAAUGCCCGGAUGCCUUGAAUAUAGGAAAAUACGUUUACAUCGUAUAUCUCAUCGAUCUCUUCCAUGCUCAAUUGUAGUACCGAUUUACUGUGUCUUAUACCAGCAUUGGUGACAAA